AUCCAAGCAGUUCAGUUUAAUCCAACUGCGCCACAGUAAACAUGAAACAAUUCGCGUUGUUUGCCGUUCUCAGCAUUCUGAGCGUCCAGGCUGUCCCGGAUCGCAGUCCCAGAAUCUUCAACGGCCACGGUGCUCCCCAUCAGCCUUACAAUGCCUACGUGCUCUAUUUGAACAACGUCAACGCCGGUUUCUUCGGAGGUGGUUCGCUCAUUUCCGAUCGCCAUGUCAUCACUGCAGCACAAAACAUUGUAGGAUUCAUCCGCUGGGACGUUGGACUCGGAAGCAACAUUUUCACCCAACUGAUGACGGUCACCACCAAUCAGGCUCUUGCUCAUCCCAACUUCAACGCUGCUAAUCGUGCUAACGAUAUCGGAAUCCUUACCCUGCCAGCAUCAAUUGUUUUCUCGACUCAAGUUUUCCCGAUAGCACUUCCAGCAUUGAAUGCUGCUGUCCAAUUACCACUGGAGAAUGAGGAAGGUUCCAUCGUUGGAUUCGGAUUCACUACUGGAACUUCGACCACUCGGCACGAUUUCUUGGUGAGAUCCUUCCAGCGCGUAACCACAAAUGCACGCUGCCAGGGAGUGUUCCAGAUCACGAUUCCGAACCAUUUCUGCGGCGAAGACAACAUUGAGCGGUCUAACGUGUGCAACGGAGACAUUGGUGCUGGAUUCGUAGUAAACGAGCGUGGACGUCAUGUGCUCGCUGGUGUUGCUUCCUUGAUUACCCAUAACUGUGACGCCCAGAAUCCAACUGGAUACACUCGUAUUGCGGCCUUCAGACAAUGGAUCCAGCAAAACACACAAGUUUAAUUGUCGUUUUAUAUGGGUUGUCGAAGGAUUUAAUAAACGAACUGAAUCUGAA